CUCUAGCAGGCUGCAGGGGGCAGCGUCUCUGGCUCUGACAGGCUCCAUGCAGGCUGGGAUGAUGCCGGCUGGUGUCAGGCUCCUGGCCUGGGGGUGGCUGCUCCUGCCCGUCUGCAGGGCACUGGAAGACUGUGCCGCCUGCGUCUUCCCCUUCAUCUACCAGGGGCGAUCGUACACCACGUGCACCCAGGAUGGGAGCUGGGCUGGGUGGACACUGUGGUGCGCCACCACCGCCAACUAUGACCAGGACUCCCGCUGGAAGCGCUGCUAUGUGACGGAGUAUGGAGGCAACACAGAUGGCCAGCCCUGUGUCUUCCCCUUCGUGUACCGGGGCCGGGCGUUCUACACCUGCACCGAUGAGGCCGCCAAGCCACGCCGUUUCUGGUGUGCCACCACCAGGAACUACGACCGGGACCGGCGCUGGAGCUACUGUCCCGACACCCUACUGGCCGGCAAUUCCACGGCUCCCUGUGCCUUCCCGUUCACCUACCAGAACCGGACCUACCUGGGCUGCACGGCACAUGGGGAUGCCAGCGGGAGGCCCUGGUGUUCUCUGACCAGGAACUAUGACGUGGACCAGAAACGCAUGUACUGUUUGGACUCAGAUGGGCGCCCGACUGACACAGCGGAAACCCCAGCUCUGGCCUUGAUCCCCCCACCUUUCUCCAGAGCCAGCAGGUGGGAAGCAGAGCAGGGCCGGCGGGGGAGGAAGAGACGCUGGGCGAGAAAGUCCAUGGGCCAGUCAAGAUCCAGCCAUUAACACACAUGACGUGGCUGCAUGGCUACUCCAGAACCUUCCCCUUGCACCUGGAGCUGCGAAAGCCUAGAGAACAGGGUGUUAAAAUCCAGCCCCUAGUGGCCUGCAUCUUGCUGGGCUUUGCUCCUGUCUCUGUCUCCUUGCCUGUCCUGCUCCCCGCAGCAGCCACACGCCCCCUGCAUCCAGCUCCCGCGCUCACACAGACUCUCGGAGCCCCCUGCUCUUUGGACAGCUGGGCCCUGCAGCCUGGAUGUCUGGGGACGUGGCUCUACCCGGGCAGACCUGAGUGUACUGUGAGGAGCUGGUGUGGACUGAACUGUGAACUCUGCUACUGCACUGGUACUGCCAUGGCGAGGGCCUGGCUGAUCAUCCCGGCUCCCCCCGGGCCCUGGGGCCUGUCCUGGGAAUUCACCUGUGGAGGGAGCUUCGAGUCACCAGUGGCUGCGUCAUGCUCAGGGCCAGUGGCACUUGUACAUCUCUGCCUCUGCUUCCCUCAGCCAGUCACAACGAAGGUCUCUGGCUGGAGGUGCCUUUGCUCUGCCCCCUGCUGGUGUCGGCCCAAAUCCCGGCCCAAAGCGAGACCUGCGCAGAGAUGAAGGCUGGCCAGUAGCUGGCUCCUGCCAAGGGACCAGUCACCAGAGGGGAGAGAGUGAGGCACCGAGCCAAGCCCGGACACAGACAGAGCCCCCGCCGGCGACCAAGGGGAGAGGGAGGCCACGGUGGGUGAAGUCUGUCCUGUGUUUGGG